CGAUCUUACCACUGACAAUUGACAAAUCGAUCAGGCCAUCAGUCGGUAUCUGCAACUACCCCGAUCGCCAAGCAUACCUCUUGAUUGACUUCGCACACUCCCAACUCUUCUACCCUACUUUAGUGAUCUGCUUGGAGUACAAAACCUUUCCACAUCUCGGAGAUGUCUGCAGUACUAGCUUGAUCAAUAACCAAGUCUCCUCAACUUCAUUGACAUCUGCCAGGCUCUGAUGUUGGAUCUACCUACUUCUUCCCGAGGUUAUCUUACAGAAGCCGCAGCCAUGUAUCAGACCAAUCAUGGUUAUAAAAAUCAUAACAAAAUCGCUCCUGCGUCUCGCCCUCGUGGCAGCGUUCUCGCAGGUCCAAUAGUAGCUCUCAAGCCUACCUUCGAAUGGAGCAACUGGGAUGAGUUGACCGUCAUCAUCAGAGACCUUCGACAUGAUGAAACAACAUACAACUUGUGGCGAAACUUUAGCACGCAAGGUGAGAUAUCUUGGAUUGAUAUCACCGAUAGAGAUGGCAAUAAGAGCGGCACUGCGAAGGUCAGGUUCUCUCCGCCUCCGCGAAAGCCUUUCUGGACCGAGAAGGGAGGCUGGUAUCUUGUCGUGUCCUCUAAAGGAGACGAAUAUUACUCUGUCCACGUUUCUCUCGUGCAAAGACGGGAAGGUGGACUUCGGAUUCGGAGCCCACUUAAGCCCCAGGUCUCUUACGAGCCUUCUAUGAAGAUGUAUGCUGGAGCACUACACUUUGGAAUCAUGAUCGACAAACAAUCUAUGAUGCCUCAUCAUCAGCUUACUCCCACGGAAUCAAAUGAUCUGUGUUUCUGUGUCGACCUCCGCAAGAGUCGCAUCGUUGCCACUUUCAACGUGGAAUUCAACGAUCCAGGAUCUCCACAAACUACUAGUGAUUAUCAGUACAACGCUUUCCACCGUGUCAACAAAUACCGAAUCGAAAUUCCCUUCACCCAAUUGAAGACUAUUCAUCGACUAGAGAUCAACAAGGGCAAGGGCAUCUUUGGUUUGCUCAUCACACUGGAUCACCCUCCUCAAUAUUAUCGAAAGCGCCAGGAUGAGAGAUCUUGUCACUCUGAUGAGCAGGUCCAAUGGAACGAAUACGACACGUGGUACCGUCAAACUGAUCUUGUUUAUAAUCCAUACCUGCUCCAGACUGCCAAGGUGACUCUCCACAAGGAGCAACCAGUCAUCGAUAUUGGCCGUUGGACGACGUAUCUCUUCGAAUUCAGUGAACGCAGAGAUGAGACAGCUUUGUUUGAGACGAUUAAACAAGCACUUCAAGACUACAACAUUGGCAUCGUCCAGAUUUCACCUCCAAAAAAGAUUCCUGCGCGCCCUGCCGAGCUAUGGGGGUUGAUUGAUCCACCAAAGUCAGAGCAAGCUUCUGUUGAGCUGUCGUCCUUAGCUGGCGCUAUGGCGUUGCCCUUCGAAGUUAGGUAUCAACUGGAGGUAUGUAUUUCACACGAGUAUAUCAACGAGUACAAUAUCUCUGCUCCAUUCGUGAAAAAGCUCGCAGAUCUUGCGGCCCAAGAUCCUGCACAGGCAAGAAAUAUUAUGGAAUACGUCGCAGGCCAGGACAAGCGCGUCUACAACCCUAUGUCGAUCUUCGAUGAUCCCGAUGCAUUAGCGUUCUCGGCAAAGACUGAUAUUCCUCACUACUGCGCCUACGUUCGGAAAGCUACUAUCACUCCCAGCACCAUCUAUUUCAACUCUCCGACCGUUGAAACCACAAAUAGAGUACUGAGACGUUAUGCUCGUGAGAAUCUGGACGGUAGAUUCCUCAGAGUACAAUUUACUGAUGAGUUGUCUGAGGGCCGUAUCAACGCAUGUGCCGAGAAGCAGAGGAACGACGAACUCUUCACGCGUGUGUACAGAACUUUGUACAAUGGUAUCCAGAUCGGAGACCGCCACUAUGAGUUCUUGGCAUUUGGUAAUUCUCAAUUUCGUGAAAAUGGCGCAUACUUCUUCUGCCCAACAGAGCAUCUAUCCUGCAACGACAUUCGUCAGUGGAUGGGAAAUUUCUCCCACAUCCCUGUAGUCGCAAAAUACGCAGCAAGACUGGGGCAAUGCUUUUCGACUACGAGAGCAAUCCCAGGUCUUUCAGCUCCCGACAUUAUCAAGAUUGCCGACGUUGAAAGAGGCGAGUACUGCUUCACAGACGGAGUUGGCAAGAUAUCACCAUUUCUUGCUAAGAUUAUCGCUGCAGAACUGAAGGUCCGUGCUCCGACCGCGCCCUCCGCUUUUCAAUUCCGUCUUGGAGGCUGUAAAGGCAUUCUCGCUGUCUGGCCCGAGGCAAAGGAUAAGGAGGUACAUAUUAGGAAGAGCCAGCAGAAAUUUACGGCAGUCUACAACGGUCUAGAGAUCAUUCGCUGCGCUCAGUUUUCUUCUGCUACGCUCAAUCGGCAGACAAUCACUAUCUUGUCCUCACUUGGAGUUGCGGAUGAAGUCUUCGUAGACAUGCUUACUAAACAGCUUGCGAAGUACCAAAGCGCUAUGCACAACGACGACGAGGCAGUAGACUUGCUGUUGAGAGAGAUUGACGAUAAUCAGAUGACAAUCAACAUCGCUACCAUGAUCCGUAAUGGUUUCAUGGCAAAGAGAGAUCCAUUCGUCAUGUCUCUGCUUCAUCUAUGGAGAUCAUGGUCUAACAAGCUGCUGAAGGAGAAAGCUAGAAUUACCGUCGAUAAUGGUGCGUUCGUCCUUGGUUGCGUUGACGAGACUGGAACACUCCGAGGCUACACGAAACCCAAGAUUGCCCAUGGCGAAGAAUUUGCCGAGGAAGAUCUGCCUCAGAUCUUCAUCCAAGUUCCCGAUAAGGUCGAUCGAAGCCAAUACAACGUGAUUGAAGGUGUUUGUUUGGUUGGACGAAAUCCUUCGUUGCACCCAGGAGAUCUAAGAGUUGUCCAAGCUGUCAAUAUUCCUGCGUUACAUCAUCUUAGAGACGUCGUUGUAUUCCCCCUCGGCGGAGAUCGAGAUAUUCCGAGCAUGUGUUCUGGUGGAGACUUGGACGGAGAUGACUUCUUCGUUAUCUGGGAUGAAAACUUAAGACCUCCUGAGUGGAACUGUGAUCCUAUGAAUUACACUGCCCCCAAGCCAAAGGAGCUUAGUAAGCCAGUUGAGAUCACGGAUCUAAUGAAGUUCUUCGUCCGCUUCAUGAAGAACGACUCUCUUCCUACCAUUGCACAUGCACAUUUGGCCCAUGCAGACUUUCAGCAUAUGAGCGUCAAGGAUACGAAGUGCUUGGAACUCGCCGCAUUGCACUCGAAAGCCGUGGACUAUGUCAAGACAGGGGAUCCCGCUCAGAUGCCUAAGCGACUGAGACCCGGAAAAUGGCCCCACUUCAUGGAGAAGAAGUUCAAGUCCGAAAGUCAAACUUACCACUCCAACAAGAUCUUGGGUCAGCUUUACGAUAAGGUAGAGACCGUCAAUUUCAUACCCCAAUGGCAAGAACCCUUCGACAAGCGCAUUCUACAGGCCUACAGUUUGAACGAUGCCACCUUGAAGUCAGCUCGCCAAGUAAAAACUCAGUACGAUACUGCUAUGAAGCGUUUGAUGGCGCAGCAAGAUGUCAGAACUGAGUUCGAGAUCUGGUCCACGUUUGUCUUAUCCAAACCUCGUGUAGGUAGUGGUUAUAAGCUACAGGAGGAGAUUGCCAGACUAUCCGAGGGGCUGAAGGACCAGUUCAGAGCUGUCUGUAGGCACAAGGCGGGUGGCGAUGAUUUCGACGUUCUUGGACCAUUUGUAGCUGCCAUGUACAAGGUCACGAAGGAAGAAUUGGACAUUGCGUUGGCUGAAUGCCGUGAUACGAAAUUAGUGAGUGGUCAGCAGGUUCCGAAACGCAAGAUGGAGCCGAAGUACAUGCCCUUGAUCACAUUCCCAUGGCUCUUUGAGAAGGAGCUGGGUCGUAUUGCUACCGGCAUUGACGCCUCUGAUGAGUUGGAGGACCUGGGAAUGGCAACUGUGUCGAUCCCAGGACCGUCCAAGAGAAGACAUGGAGGCACCCUCCUCGAUAUGGACGACUUCAUCACACAAGAAGAUGGUGUCAUUGUUCACCGAGGCGAGGAGCUUGACUUGUUCCGAAAAGGCCAUGACUCCGACGACGAAGGCGGCAUUGAUGAGGCGCACAUCUUCGAAGAUGAUCACUUACUGUUUAUGGGUCGAUCGGGAGAGGCAGUCCUGGCAACAGAAUUUGACAUGUCUAAUCCUACUCCCGAUUAUCUAUCCGGCGGUACAGGUGUGGAGGAUGUCGUGCCCAGAACCGAGCUCGAGGGCUUGAUUGAUCCCCACCAUGCUGCUCAAGUUGCUGAUGAGUUUCAGGCAGGCAGCAAUUCUCCUCUCAACGAUUGGCACUUUGUCAAAGAAUCUCCUGAUUUCUUGACUGGCUCCGAUGUUGCUGUUGGUCGCAAAGAUAGAAGUCUUGACAACUUCGAGCUUGGUGCCCAACUCCAUCGGGAAGAGGUUGCCGAUCUGAAGAAGCCCUUGGAGGAAUUGGCAGAUUUGAUGGAUUUUCCAGAAGUCCAGGAGGAAGAUGUCAAUAUCGACCUGCAUGAUUCUCCGCUGGAGGAGCUUUCAGAGUCGGUACCUAGUGACAAGGCUGUAGAUGAUGAGGAAGAAAUUAUCGACCUUGCCAUCGAAGAAUCCGCUUUCGAGAAAUUGGCUCGCGCCUUGGACUCUUAGUUGUUCCGUUGCCGAACCAGCCCUGG